CCGACUUCCGGUUCCGCCGGGACCCAGGGGCCAGACCGGAGCUAAUGGCGGCGUCCGCAGAGCAGACCACCGGAGGUGUAGAGGAGGCCGCGGUGGAAGAGAAACUGCAAGUCCUGGAACCCGGGGCCGCCCCGUUUGGAAAUUUCCCUCACUAUUCCCGCUUCCACUCUCCAGAGCAACGGCUCCGCCUCCUGCCUCCGGAGCUGCUUAGCCAGCUCUUCCCUCAGGGUCCCGAGACGAAGCCCAUUCUUGGGCUAGACGUGGGUUGUAACUCCGGGGACCUAAGUGUGGCUCUGUACAAGCACUUCCUUUCCCUACGUGAUGGGGAGACCCUCUCAGACGCUUCAAGAGAAUUCCGUCUCCUCUGCUGCGACAUAGAUCCGGUCCUGGUGGAGCGAGCUGAAAAAGAAUGCCCUUUUCCUGAUGCCUUGACUUUUAUUACCUUGGACUUCAUGAAUCAAAGGAGCCGGAAAGUUCUCUUGAACUCAUUCUUAAGCCAGUUUGGACGCUCAGCUUUUGACAUUGGCUUCUGCAUGUCAAUAACCAUGUGGAUUCAUCUGAACCAUGGGGACCGUGGCCUGUGGGAGUUCCUGGCUCACCUCUCCUCCCUCUGCGCCUACCUCCUUGUGGAGCCACAGCCCUGGAAAUGUUAUCGGGCAGCUGCAAGGCGUCUUCGAAAGCUGGGCCUCCAUAAUUUUGACCACUUCCACUCCCUUGCCAUCCGAGGUGAUAUGGCCAAUCAGAUUGUACAAAUCUUGACCCAGGACCAUGGCAUGGAAUUAGUAUGCUGCUUUGGCAACACCAGCUGGGACCGAAGCCUUUUGCUCUUCAGGGCAAAACAAACCACAGAGACUCAUUUGAUCCCUGAAUCACUGCUAGAAGGGAAAGAAAGGAACAGAUUAAGAUCCUGGAGGUAGAGAGGUGAGAGGGUGAGAAGACUAAGAAAGAAAUACUGUGAGGGUUUUAUCCUGAGAAUUAAUUUCACUCUCCUUAACUCCUUAACAGUUAGGCUGCUUCAAAAUCUGGGGGAAAGCUUUUGGCAAAAUGUCCAAGAUGCAAUUGAAAAAAGAAAAUAGAAUGUCUUCCUCAUUAUUUAGGAUGAUCCUGGAGGAGAAUGCAUCUGUCCUGGGCUAUCUGGAUUUAGAUGGCCUGCAGGAAGUGAUCCUGUUUCUGGGAUAG